AAUUUGCAGACUGAAAAUGAAUCGAGUUUAUUCUGUUUAGAGAGCACUAUGCUAUUAUGUCAAAAGAGCGACAGUAUGAAGGUGUUAAGACUCUAAAGUGUAUCGGUCGUUAUGCUCUGUGCAACAAAACCCUUGGUAAAGGGAACUUUGCCAGGGUUGAGCUGGCUGCUCACACCCUCAUCAGUAACAAGGUUGCAGUAAAGAUAAUCGACAUGAACAACAUAAAAGAUGACUACGUGCGGCGGAACUUGUUCCGGGAAGCAAGGCUCCUCCGCAGACUUUCUCAUCCUAACAUUAUCAAACUAUUUGAGACCAUCAAGUACACGACGCAGUCCCACACGCUUUAUUGCCUGGUAAUGGAAUUAGCUGAAGGGGGAGAGUUGCUGACAUUCGUCAAGAACAACAACGAACACAAGCGUCUUGAGGAGGCAAAGGCGAGACCUUUCGUACGCCAACUCAUAUCAGCUCUAUACUAUCUUCAUAGCAAGGGCAUCGUUCACAGAGAUUUGAAGAUGGAAAACAUCCUGCUCAACAAAAAGAAGACUGAAGUUAAAAUAAUCGAUUUUGGUUUGAGUAAUCACCACGAGGUCGGAGAACUGUUGUCCACACAUUGCGGCUCUCCAGAGUAUGCUGCUCCGGAGUUAUUUGUUGCUGGCCGACAGUACGGCGCUGAGGUUGACGUGUGGAGUUUAGGUGUGAACAUGUACGCCAUGUUAGUCGGUAAACUGCCCUUCAGAUCCUCCCGGAACCACAGCAACCCCCGAGCCAAGCUCCUUCAACAGAUAUCAGCCGGGCUGGGCGCUCAUCAGGAGGCUGAUGCCGCUCAUCUUCAUCCCUCGUGUCUAAAUCUGAUAAAAGGGAUGUUACAACCAGACCCCUGUAAAAGGCUGAAGCUGACUGCUGUAAUGCAACACCCGUGGGUUACGAACAAGGGAACGUGGCCUCUUUACCCUUACAUUACCCCCAAGUGUAAUGAUGCCUUAGAAAAACAGGUAAUACACCAGAUGUCACGACUGCUAAAAGUCAACCAGUCUGACAUUAAACGAGCUAUAGACGAGAACAGGCUGGACUGGAUAUCAGCUAUUUAUCAUCUGUUGAUGCGGGACAAAGAACAACACCUCGCUGCUAAAGUUUCCAACACCUCGCUGAGUGGUGAGAUGACGGAGAGUACGAGUGGAGUGGGGACCUCUAUUGCAGACGAGCAGGAGUCCAAGACAAUAGAGCAGAUCACAGCACUCACCCUGAACGGCAGACACAGCUCCCCUGCUACUCCUCUAAUGAGUAACACUAACCGAUCAACCACAAAACCAACUUCCGCUAAAACACCCCCCGCAAGUAAACAGAACAGUAACACCAGCAGUCCUGUAACACUUCGCCCGAAGACAGCCCAAGUACCCAGCCGUCAGACUAAGCCAACCAGCGGCUCACAAUCCCAACCUGUUACCCCGGAUACCAGCCGGACCCCACGUGCAGUGAGCAGUAUGAGUUACAAGAUACACAAACAACCUAGUGCUGAGGAGAAUAAUGCUGACACCGCCAUGUUCACCAUGCCUAAAAUAGGGAGAUCAGCCCGGCAUAUUGCGUCACGUGGUUCCCCUAAGACUGAUCAUGUGUACCACGAAUACGGCCCUCAGAAGGAUAAACGCAGGAUACUAUCAGCGCCAGAGAACGCCAAUACUGGCUACAACACUAUCCCUGCUGAUCGGUCCUACAAACACACCAACACUCUUAUAGACACUCAGAAGAUACUUAGUCAUAUCUACAAGAACAGCAACAAAAACGGACGAACGUAUGUGAUAAACGGGCGGACAGUGAGUGACGGUGGAGCAGGCACUACGGAGCCUAGCAACACGAAUCAUCAGCACGUGCAGCGGAAACUGAGCGCGCCGUGUCGCGGAAACGCGGAAAAACCUCGCUAUUACAUGUCCGGGAAACGGUCUAGUGAUCUCAAGAUCGAUACCAGUACCAGAACCCGUUUCAGUGAACAAUCAGCCAAGUCGAACAAAACGCCCAGUCCCAAAUCAGCACUGACCCGCUUGGUUGAGGAGAAGUACAUAGACCAUAAACAGAGACACGCUUGGAGCUUCAAGUCUGAUCGGAAGAAAUCAGAGGACACCGUCAGUUGGGCGAGGAGUAGAAACCGUCAGAACCGGAACGAGAAGAACAAUCCGGAAUUGCCCAACAUCUCCCAGAAAGCCUGCGCUUCUCAAGUAAGCAAGCAGCUGCACUUACUCCGGCAGCGGUUACAACAAGCACGCGAGGAGUACAACGUCAAGUGACGUCAUCACAACAACCUGUGACGUCAUCACAUCAUCACGUGACGUCAUCGGCCCUUCAGUUGACGAGCUCGUGACGUCACACGAGCUACUAAUUAGAGCUACUAAUUAGACACUAAUACCACUUCUUACGCUGAUUUUUAGGAGGAGGGAUCAUCACUUCAUAAUAUCGUUUUGUUUGGAGUUCAGUUCAAUAGUUUAUUGAACAGAUAAAUUGUGCAGCUUACUAAGCUUUGUUCUACUGUUUUGAGUGUGACAAGAUAACAAGAUAACAAGAUACACAUAAGUGUGUGGAGCUCAAGUUUGAGUGAUAUAAAGUUUUGGAAUGCAUCUCACUUUCUGGAUGAGCGACGUCCAGCGCUCCCCUGAAAGUGUUCGUAUUGGUGCUGAUGAAGUGUGAUCAUGUGAUCACUGUCGAUCAAGUUAUCUUGCUCCUUAUUUGUGAUAAAACUGAAGAUAUGAGGAAUACCAGUGAGGAUAGAACCGUUCAGUGUUAUUUAACGUUUUGAUUGUUACAUUAUUAUAAUGUUAUAUUUGUACAUUUGUAUUACUGGUAUGUUUUUACAUGUCGACGAAAAGUUGUUAUCGGGGUAUCUAGUUAAAUUGAUAGAGAAAGCGAGAAAAGUUUCCCCUUCAAUUAAUUAAUUGCUAAAAUAUACAAGUCACAGUUUGAAUAGAGACCGGCAAAAUAUACACCCUUAUUUAUUGAUAUGAGACCAUAAGAGCAUAAGGAUUAAUCAAACUACUUUAUGAUUCCAUUUCCUGUACUCUUAGUGCCAUUAUAAUAUGCAAUAUUCGAAUAAUAACAUUAUUUAUAAACCGAAUUGUGUGAUGAUGAUUACUCCAAAUUUCUUAUACUUACAAAGGAAACUACCCAUGUUAGUAAAAAGUGCAAUUAUGAAAAUAGAAAGCUAAAACAGUGGUCCUUCCAGAAGUUAGCCCGGCAAAAAUGCCAAAGUACUAAUCGAUCGCAGGUCUCUAUUUUUAAUGUCAGAGGUAUAAUUAGUUAAUUAAUUAAUUGAUUGAUGGAAUGGUUGGAGUAUAGAAUUAGAAAGAAUUUCAGAGGCUCUGAUUUGAAUCUAGAGAGAAUUAAUUUCAGAAACUAGAAUUACCUUAAUUAAUUAUGUUAAUUAUUGAAUUGGUGAUGCAUUAUUUUGAGUUGUAGUAGAUUAAUGAAAACACACGUGACUAUAUAGGAUUUUAUUUAUUUAUGUUUCAGUAUAAAACUGUCGUGUAAACUUGUAAAUAUGUUAAUUAAAAGAUGCAUUAAUUGUAAAACUUCCUAACAUAGUCUCGAAAAGUAUUAGUUUUGUCUGUUUUCCCUCUGGAUAAGCCGUUACAAAGACUGAACUGUAAAAAUCACGUUUCAAUAAAUUUUUAACACAUACAGAUUCUGAAUUCCUCCUUAAUUUAAUUAGGUGAAAAAGGGAGCCGAUAAAUGAGAAGCAUACACUUUCAUAAACCAUUUGUUAGCCAAAAUUUGGGUAUUUGUUUUCAUUCGUCACCUCAUUCUUAGUUUGAAUACCCACUCUGCCGAGUAGAAAGGAAUUUCCGUGGUGGUUAAGAACAACGUGGUUCAAUAACCCCCCUAGAACAAGACCUCCCUGGUAAGAUGAUCUGAAAAUUGAAAUUCGACACGUGCAGAUAUCAAUAAAAUUGUGAAAUAUUAUCAACUCAGACUGUAUUUUCAUUCACCUGUCGUUUUAGCGCUGCACUUUUUUAUCUCCAAGUCACUUUAUGACAUCCCAAAGCUAUCACAAAUUUAGGAGUCUACCCCGUCAUAUUAUGUUUGUAAGAAUAUUGAGAAACUCUAUUUUACCAGGACCGGAAGCUACUAUCAUAUAACCGCCUAUCAUUGGAUAAUGAAGUUUUUAGAUCCUUACAAUCUCAUAAAUGGUAUAUUUUGUUAUGAAAGGUGCUGUGUCAGUACCUCGCUUAUCCAGAUUCUAGUGUUUUAAGAGAGUCUUGCUUAUCCGGAUAUUGGAGAAUCCAGACGUUUCUGUUACAGUUGGUAUCACACUUUACUGACCACGUGUAUUAUAUGUUUCA